AUGUCAGACUCGGCAACACGAUCGCUGCCCGUACUCAGUCUGCGGGCAGCCGAGAUAGCUUCGGCAGCUGCUCAGAAAAAGGCUCGGGAGAUAGGCAUUGACUUCAACAUCGCAAUCGUAGACUCCACUCUCCACCUCUUGCACUUCAUCCGCCAACCCACCGCAAAACUGACUUCCAUCUCCAUCGCCAUGGACAAGGCUUUUACGGCUGCAGGCCACAAGCAACCCACCUCUGCCUACAAGUCUCCGAAUUUCUUGCCUGGGGGUCCGGCUUAUGGUAUUCAUAACUCCAAUGGUGGUAGGUUUAUGCUUAUUGGGGGUGGUGUGCCGAUUAAGCUUGAUGGGGUUGUGGUGGGUGCUGUGGGUGUUAGUACGGGGACGCCGGCGCAGGACGAGGAGGUUGCGACUGCUGGGGUGAAGGCGGUGGAGGAGUGGGUGAAGAAGAGGCAGGGGGCGAAGUUGUAG